UCAGGUGUCCGCCGAGAUGGCGGUGCCCGGGCGAGCGGAGCCGGGGUGGUAGUGCGUCCCCGCGCCGCAGCGCAAGAACCGGGGAGGCGCCGGCCGCCGAGAGGGCAGCCUGAGAUUGUUGUUUUCAUGGUUUUUUAAUGCUCAAGAUGGAAAAUCAUAAACCAGAUGAUACUAUCAAGGAAAACUUAAUUUUUCAUAUCAUAACCAGAAAAAUUAACCAACUUCCAGAAGCAGAAAGGAAUCUACUUGAAUAUGGAUCAACAUAUGUUGGACUUAAUGCUGCUUUCUGUGGCCUAAUAGCUAACAGUCUUUUUCGGCGUGUCCUGCACGUGACAAAGGCUCAUAUAGCUUCUGGUUUACCAAUGGCAGUGAUCCCAUAUUUGACAGCGAAUGUGUCUUACAGAGGUUUUAUAAGUUCACCUUUGAGUACAGGUGAUCUGAAUUGUGAAACCUGUACUGUGAUACGAAGUGGACUGGUUGGUUUUGUUUUUGGUGGCCUGUACCCUGUUCUUUUGGCUAUGCCUCUGAAUGGUGGCCUAGCAGCCAGAUAUCAAUCAGCCCUGCUACCAGAGAUAGGAAACAUCUUAACUUACUGGAUUAAAAUUUCUAAGCCUGUCUUUAGAAGGAUGUUAUUUCCCAUUUUACUUCAGACCAUGUUUGCAGCAUACCUUGGAUCCAGGCAAUAUAAGCUACUUAUAAAGGCCCUUCAGUUACCUGAACCUGGCCUAGAAAUUCAUUGACUUUAAGCAAAUAUGUAUACAAAAAUAAAAUGGUGAA